GGGCAUCAUAAUAGGCCGAGGUGCAGGGAUUAGCUGAGCUGAAAGUUACUUUAUUGCACAAGUCCUGAUAACUCAGAUGGACAAACCAUUUGGACUAGUACAGUCCCCUAUUUUCUUGACCUUGGUGAUUUUCCUAAGCCAUGGCGCAGCCUUACAAAGAAACGCUACAGUCCUUGUGCUCGGUGGUGGGAUAUCAGGAAUUGCUGCUGCGAAGACAUUGAGCGAUAUGGGAAUUAACGAUUUUGUGAUUUUGGAAGGCACAGAAAGAAUUGGUGGAAGAAUGAGGAAGACGAAAUUCCAAGGGACAACUAUCGAAAUGGGCGCAAACUGGAUUCAAGGAGUCAAGGGAAAUCCAAUCGAGAGACUGAAAGAGAUAUGUGGAUUGCAAGGAAAGGUUGAAAACAGAUCAUUUGUUAUUAGAAAUGAAACCGGAAAUAACACUACUGAGAGAGGAAAAAUGGCCCUUCUGAAACAUGAAGAGGAUGUAUUGAACAAAAUGAUUGACAUGCGCCGGCAGAUGGGUGGUGCAGACAUUUCUGCUCGAGUUGGUCUGCGUCUUACAGACUGGCUUCCAUCAAACCCGGAAGAAAUGGCUACAGAGUACUUUGAAUAUGACUUUGAAUAUGCUGUUCCACCUAAAUACGUUUCCCUCCGUGCAGGAAUAGCCAACCAUGGAAUUAUCCAUUCAGUGGGUGGGGAACAGUUUUUUGUUACUGACCCUAGAGGAUAUGUGCAUAUUGUGGACUGUCUAGCAGGAAUGUUUCUGGAACCUGGAGAUUCCCGUUUGCAGUUAAACACAACUGUCGAAGAAAUAAAAUGGAGUGAAAAUGGCGUUAAUGUCGUCACCGACAAUGGAGAUGUGUACAAUGCAGAUUACGCGUUGCUAACUUUUAGUAUUGGUGUCCUGCAGAGCGGAUUGGUGACGUUCACACCUCAACUCCCUGAGUGGAAGUUAGAAGCUAUUUUUAAACUCAGUAUGGUGAUUUACACCAAGAUUUUUAUCAAAUUUCCGUCAAAAUUCUGGGAUGAUGAAGAAUACAUUCUCUAUGCUUCUCAAAGGAGAGGAUACUACACAAUGAUGCAGAAUUUGGAAGCUGAUUCUCGGCUACCCAAAGGGACUAACAUUCUACUGAUAACUGUCACAGAGGAAGAGUCUGUUAGGCUGGCCUACCAGUCCAAUGAAAAGACCCAAGAAGAAAUCAUGGAAGUAUUAAGAGGUAUGUAUGGAAAGAACAUUCCAGAGCCAAUAGACAUUUACUAUCCCAGAUGGGGACUUGACAGGUAUUUUUUUGGAUCCUGGGCAAACCUACCCAUUGGAAUUUCUAGGCAAGACUAUGUUAAUCUUCAGGCACCAGUCAAGCAGGUGUUUUUUGCCGGAGAAGCAACACAUGAGUUGUACAAUGGUUACGUCCAUGGUGGAUACUUGACAGGAGUGGAGCAAGCAAAAAACAUAGCAAAGCAUGUAAAAACUGGAUCUUUUAAUGAUGAAAACAAGGCAGUCAUCUGACAGUAAUGUGUCUAAAUAGAAAAUGUAUGCCGGAGGACAGCACUAAUUUAAAUCAAAAACUAAUUGAAUCAA